AAUUUGGAGCAUAUAAAAGUCUAAACUCGAAACCCAUUUUAAUUAUCUAUGAAGCUUUGACUCGUUCAUUCUCUUGCCAAUAUAGUCUUCUUAAUCCACCUCUCAUCACCACAAUCCUCAUCCCUACCCAUCAACUCCACCGUUUUGCAAACCAAAACUUGCUUGAGGAAAAAACCGAAGGGCAUGGACAGAGAACAAGAAGAGAUUCAAUUUCUUGGGUUCUUUGGGGUCUACAAAGAAGCCUCCAAGAUCAUAUUUUCAUGGAGGAGGAUCUUCACCCAAAUCACCUUAACUCUAAUCCUCCCUCUCUCCUUCAUCUUCCUCAUUCACAUAGAAGUUUCCAACCUCCUCUUUAGGAAGAUUCUAUACAACUCAAUAGAAAUGGAUGAAACCAAACCAAACACACCCCAAUACAAUAAACUCUCUGACAUGAUCUCCUCUGAAUGGAUCACUCUAUGCCUAUUCAAAAUUGCUUAUUUCUCUUUACUUCUCAUUUUCUCUCUCCUUUCUACCUCUGCAGUGGUCUACACCAUCGCCUCCAUCUACACUGCGAAAGAUGUAACAUUCAAGAAGGUCAUGAGUGUUGUCCCUAAGGUGUGGAAGAGGCUUAUGCUCACUUUUCUAUGUGCCUUUGCUGCUUUUUUUGUUUACAAUAUUGUGACCAUGUUAGUUAUUUUCAUGUGGGCAGUUACAAUUGGGGUAAAGAAUGGCGGGGUUGUGGUUUUUGUGUUGAUUGCAAUCUUGUAUUUCAUUGGGUUUGUGUACCUAGCCUUGGUGUGGCAACUAGCCAGUGUUGUGACUGUGUUGGAAGACUCUUGGGGUUUUCAAGCCAUGUUGAAGAGCAAGGAGUUGAUAAAGGGAAAGAUGGUUUUGUCCAUAUUCAUGUUUUUCACCCUUGUGGUUUCUUUUGUUAUUAUAAGGAUUUUAUUCAAGGAGAUGGUGGUGAAUGGGUGGAGUUUGGGUUCUGUGGACAGAACAUUUUAUGGGGUUCUCUGUUUCUUGCUCUUGUCUUGUUUGUUCCUCUUUGGGCUUGUUCUCCAAACCGUGCUCUAUUUUGUUUGCAAGUCCUUUCACCAUCAGAAUAUUGAUAAAUCGGCUUUGGCAGAUCACCUUGAAGUGUAUCAAGGAGAGUAUGUGCCAUUGAAUGCUAAGGAUGUUCAGCUGGAGCAAUACCAAGUUUGAUGCUAUAGCUUAGAUCAAUUAUUAUUAAAUCAUCAUGUGCCUAUAUUGGUUAUAUGCUUAUUUCUGCUAUGAUUUCUUGAUACCAUAAGAAAUUUCAAUUGCUUGUGAAAUUGAGGCAGGUAUGAACUGAAUAUUGAUUACAUGUUCAAUUUUCUGUUUCAGAAUAGGACUGCCAUGUGAUGUGGCUUAUUAAUUAAUGCUAUGAGUUCUGUUCAUAUCAGUUUUUGACUUUCUGUGUGAAGUUUAUGGUUAAUAGUAUCAAUCUGCGAAUUGAAAACAGAAUAGGAGGCAGAUGAAAAAUGGAAUUCUAGUGGUUAAUUGAAAGUGCAUUCCAUGUUCCUUAGCAUUACUGCACUUUAAUAUGUACUUGAAGAAUGAAAUUUUAUUUUACAAUAAAUUUUCAA